GAGGGACAUCUGAUAAUCUGAUCUCUCAGCUUGAUCCAUAUAAAAUUGUUGGUCCCUCAUGUGGGGGUGUGCUUAGUUCUCUAUUUCCCAUGAUGGAAGUAUUCUCUCUUUCUUCAAUCAAACUCAUUCGUCUAACAGGAACUCUCAAAUCAGCCAAUUUCAUGCUUUCUUUCCGCGGAAACAAGCAAUCAUCUAGUAGAGCAUCAAGUCACAAGAUAAGUCAGAAUGGGAAGCUCCAUUCUGCAGAUCUUACUUCUCAUACAACACAGGUCACAAUUUCUGCAACUGAUUCUAAUAUGACGGCUCUGAUGCUAAACUAUCUGAAUAAUGGUUUUCUCACAGAAGCCAAGUCCAUAUGGGAUACCAUUUUGAAUAGUUCUCACACACCUAGUGUUUACUUAAUAACAGAACUAAUCAAUGUCUAUGGAAGAAUGAAGCAUUUCAAUGAGGUGACAGAAAUAGUACAGCAAAUAACUUCAAGAGGUUUCGAUUUCUCACCACAAAUUUAUAAGGUGGCUAUUUGUUGUUUAGGGAAAGAAGGACAACUAGAUUUAAUGGAGAAGACACUGAGAGAGAUGGUUUCCAAGGGAUUCAUGGUAGAUUCGGAAACCUGGAAUUCAUACGUCGUGUAUUAUAGUUGUUUUGGUUCUUUGAAAGAAAUGGAAGCGGCUUAUUGCUGUCUUAAGAAAUCUAGAAUUUUGAUAGAGGAAGAAGCAAUACGGGCAAUGUCAUUUUCGUAUUUAAAGGCGAGGAAAUUCUAUAGAUUAGGAGAGUACUUGAAAGACAUUGGUCUUGGAAGGAGAAACGUUGGAAAUCUUUUGUGGAACCUUCUGCUUUUGUCGUAUGCUGCGAAUUUUAAAAUGAAAAGCUUGCAAAGGGAAUUUUUGAAUAUGAUUGGAUCUGGAUUUUAUCCUGAUAUUACUACGUUUAACAUUCGAGCACUUGCUUUUUCGAAGAUGGGUUUGUUUUGGGAUCUUCAUUUAAGCAUUGAUCAUAUGAAACACGAAGGAGUUGUUCCUGAUCUUGUUACGUAUGGCUGCAUUAUCGAUGCGUAUUUAGAUAGAAGGAUGGGGAGAAACUUGGAUUUUUGUUUGGGUAAAAUGAAUACGAAGGAUUCGGUACAAGUAAGAAUGGAUUCGUAUGUGUUUGAGGUUAUGGGGAUGGGGGAUUUUCAUUCUACGGCAGAGUUGUUUUUGGAGUUUAGGAAAUGGAAUGAUUGGAGUUAUGAAGAUUUGGUUUCUGUUUAUUUAAAGAAAAAAUAUAGGAGUAAUCAAAUAUUUUGGAACUAUUGAAGUUUUAGCUUGUAGAUUUUUAGGGUUUUGAUUUUGCAAAGAUAAAGAUGAUGGCCCUUGUUGAAGAAGUGGUAAGGAAGCUCUGGUCUAUUCCAAUUUAAUCGAUCAUCAACAAGAUAUCAAAUGGAGAAUAUUGAUGACGAUGAAAUUGAAUUAUUUAGAAACACUUGUUUUUUAUAUGGAUUGAAACUGUAUGUAAACUUCUAUAAUGUGAUCUCAUUUGUAUAAUU